AUGGCUUCUAACUAUACAAAUUCUGAUUCAACAGAAAAUAUAACUGAAACAUCAUCAUCAACAACAAAAGAUGAUUUUCUUAAUGAAAUAUUAAUGUGUGGUAUAUGUUUAUCUCGUAUGUCAUCACCAUAUUGUUUACCACGUGCACAUUCAUUUUGUCGCUCAUGUUUACUUGAUUAUGCUCAAAAUAAUAAUAAUACAUCAACAUCCAUUAAUUUUAUCCUUUGUCCAUAUUGUAAAUAUCAAUUUAAUUUUCGUUCAUUUGAACAUUUUGAAUCAAUAUUAAUUAUUAAUCCUGUACUUAAACAACUUUGUGAAGCAUUAGAUACAUCAAAAAUUAAUUCUGAUCAACAACAACAACAACAACAACAAAGUCAAUCAUAUGGACUUUAUCGUGCACGAUGUCAUACAUGUUGUUUACUUAAAAUGUUAAAAAAUAUGUAA